GCCAGCCACAGAGAGAUUGUGAGAGGUGGGGUAGAUGGUACCGUUAAAGCGUACUAAACAGGUCGAAAUAUUGCUCGGGAAAGAAAACGGACCAGCUUUCAGAUUGUGUUUAAAUUCAGUCUAACUUUUUUGUGGACCUGUAUUUUUAUUUAUUUAUUUAAAGGGAAAAGCAAUUGUAAAUUAACUUAAUUUCUUGGUUUGGAAAGAUGGCGGCAUUGCAUUUGGGGUUCCUUCUUGUUUUCUUAAUAUUGCAGCACAUCCCCAGUGGCUUUUUGGUGACAGUUCAGACUGAAAACGGCAAGGUGGAAGUUGAGGAGUUUGGAGAGACAGUGCUGUCCUGCAAGUACCAGGUGGAGAAGGACCCCAACCCCAGAGUGGAAUGGAAGAAGAUCCGAAACCAGGACGUCUCUUUUGUGUACUACGAUGGGAAGAUUGUGGGGAGUUUCCAGGGUCGUGCGGUGAUGGAGGGAGCAAGUAUCCGGAUCAAGAAAGCCAUGCUGCUGGAUUCGGGGGAGUACCGCUGCGAGGUGUCGGCCCAACAGGACAGCCGCCCACUCGGAGAGGCCACUGUCUCUCUGACUGUGCUGGUGCCCCCUGACGUGCCAUCCUGUGGGAUUCCUAGCUCUGUUCUGACUGGGACAGUGGUGGAGCUGACGUGCCGGGACAGGCAGGGUACCCCACCCUCACUAUACCGCUGGUACAAGAACGGGGUUGUCCUCCCAAACACCCCUGCACAGGACCCCCUUUUCGCCAACUCCUCCUACACACUGAACAGCAGCUCUGGGACCCUGACAGAAGGGGGAGGAUUCAAGGGGAUAUUGUUUUAUUGCUGCAGCCUGACAUUACUGCAGUUCAACACAGUGUCGAAGGGAGACUCCGGGCAGUACCAGUGUGAGGCCUCCAAUGGAGUGGGGGAGCCCCAGCGAUGCGCUGCCAAGUUCAUGCAGAUCGAUGACAUGAAUGUGUCGGGGAUCGUGGCUGCUGUGGUGGUGGUGUCCCUGGUGGUCUCGAUGUGUGGGCUGGGGGUCGUCUUUGCACACCGCCAAGGAUACUUCAACAAGGGACAUGGGAGAUCAUUUUGGAUUCCCCAAUACGAAGACAUUGUUCAGAUCAGCAACCAAAAUCUCAAAACAGUUGAAACAACUGGAUCAAGUGAGUACUGUACCGCUCCUCAAGAUUAUUCCCAGGAUUUCAAACAUACCCAGUCCUUCAUGCUGUGAGGAGCCAGAGCCCCUUCCAAGAGCCUCUGUGAGGACAACCCAGGACUGUCCACAUUCCCUUCCUCCAUAUUCCCAGGACUGAGACCACUACCCUCCUCCCUGCACCAAUCUAGAUCUGUGAAACAUGAACUGGACUGAACAAGGGAAUUCCCUGCCUUGCUGUCAGGCUGCAGACAUGUGAAUGUUUCUUUAUUAUCACCAUUGUAUUCCAACAGGAGUUUCCUUUGGAUGAUGUAUUCAAGUAAGAGCUGUGUUGGAGAAUCUGCAGGCUCCCUGACUCCUGUGGCAGCAGCGUGCUGCAGUUUUUAUAUUGUAUAAUUACGUUGCCUUGUAUCACGAUCUUCAAUUCCCGUCUUAAUACUUAACUCCUAGGUUACACUGCCAUUUAGUGGAAUGAAGGUGCACACACAACAAUUACCCUGAAUCCGCCUGAAGAUCUUUUUGAUAGCGAUGGGUUGAAGAUUUAACAAAUAACGAAAAUGUUUGAAAUAUUUAUGGAUUAUCUGUAAAAUAGGGUUAAGAGCUAGCAGUCUAUUCUCAAUAAUUCUGAAGUAUUCUUAGCAGUCCGAUCUCUUUCAAGGCUGGUUCAUACUUCAAAUGUGUAACAGUUGCUGGUGGCGAUUUUCCCCAGUUGAAUUUUUCCAAACUGUAGAUAGUCGUCUCGCAUGUGAUUGCAGCCAAUGUCGGCUAGACAUUUUCAGCCCCCCUGGUAUUCAUUUUUCCACUUCACUGUAAAAAAAAAAAAAAAAAAUCGCAGUGGGAAUGACUGGGCCCAGGACAAACGUCCCAUUCCACAUGGGAUAUGGAACGUGGCCAGAAAUUUGAGAGUGGUUACUGAAUUACCUGUUUGUUAUUCUUGGAGACCACUACAAGUAGAAUAGAAACUCAACUACAGCAUUGCAAUAAAACUUGAUAGAACACAGUAAUGACUUUCUUUUUAUAUGGCUACCUUUUUAUUGUGUUUUCUUAUUUUUAUUAUCUGAACCUUUUAAUGUAAUUAAAAUAUUGGCUCUUCUCAGUUUUACUAUAUUGCUCUGUUUGACUGUAUCUGAAUCCUGCAGUUAAUCAGAGGUAUUGAGUGUACCCCCUAAAUGUACCAGUGUAUUUUAAUUAGGAACCUGUUUGUUUCAUCAGAGUAACUGCUUCUGCUUGGAGUGAGUGCCUCUUGUAUUGUUCUGUGAUGUACAAGCUGGAAUUGUAUUACUUUGCACAGACUUUUUUGUGAAAUGUAAAUUAAACUUUGUGGUUUUCUUAUAUAAUGUGGAGUGUUGAAGUCUCUGUUUUUGUACAGAUCCCAAUAAAUGAAACUUGAUGGUUAAUCCAGCAUACCCCUCCACACGACAAUUGCUGUUAUUGAUACACAUUACAAGUGAACCCUAUGAAUGACAACCAUAAAACCUGCAGUUCUCAAGAGUAGUGGGUCUGUUUUAAUGAUCUGAACAGCAGCAGGUCAAAAUACCAAAUCUUAUCUAAAAGGUUGGAGAACUCUGGGUUAUAGCAUUAAAACAGACCCAAUAUUCUUUCUAGUGCAAUCAGCAACCCUUGACUUUAGAAUGAGGACCUGAAAUGGCACUGGUGCAGCGUGAAUAACAUAAUAAUGUUUUUUAUAGGACCUGUAUGACCUGAUUUUCCAAUAAAAUGUACAGCUUAAAAAAAAAAAAAUCUAAACAGAAGCAAAACAUUGAAAAAUAUUCUUUACUGCUUUCCAACUGCAAAUAAAAUCAUGAUCGUCAGGCAUUACUUUGAUGGUAGAUCUUAUUAGUACAGUGGUCUGCUUGACAGUCAGCUACGAGAUGAUAAUGUUCUCUAAGCCAGGUUCUGUUGCUUAACUGGAGACAACUAAAUGUAUCUCAUUUGUGACAGCAUUUUGAUAUUUGUUACUAGUGUGAUGUCAUGAUCAAUAUACUACCCCAGCUGCUUUAAGUUUAGUCUGAAUAGGGUGCAUGCAUUUGCUUCUUGUGCAAGAGGCAGAGUCUGAUUAGUCACUCCAUUCUGUAUUUUUACCAGUAGUGGAACUAGUAACAGUUGCUAUCUUUAAAAAAAUAAUAAUAAUAAUAAUACUGUAUUUGCAGAUGGAGAGUGAAAUCACAAUUAUACAUUUUUUGAUUAAUGCUUUUUUAAUUUUUUUUAAUUUUUAUUUACUAGGUGGCUUGUUAUAAUCUACCAUAGAUAUAAAAGCUGUAAUUUAAGUUCUUAGUGAUCUUAGUAACUGACUGCCAGUCCAAACCCUAGUCCUGGGUUUGUUUCACAUAUUUAACCCAGCUGCCUUUCAAGCUGUAACCAAUAAGACACGUGUACAAUGAAUACCGGAGGCACAUUACUAGAGCUGCACGAACCGAGUAUUGAGCUGUGUACAGAAAUCAGCUGCUGAUAAUCAAGUGAAGGUCACUGGUGUUGAUUAGACUAAUUUACCAUUCAAAGUGAAACAACUGAAGAAACAGCUGCUUGAUUUGUAUAGAUUGCUGUUCUCCAGAGAGAGAAAGUCAACACAAAUCCAAGCAUCUGUUUCUUCAGUUAUUUCACAUUGCAUGGUAAAUUAGCCCAAUCACCACCAAUGACCCUCAGCUGAUUGUCAACAUCUGAUUUCUAUGUAGACCUCAAUCCAAAUAAUUGGUUUGUGCAGCACUACAUACAAGGUGAAUAUACAAAAUGUUUUUGAUAGUCUUACAUUCUUUAAACUUUUACACAAAAACAUGGUUUGCAGAAUCUAGUCCAAAACACUAGAAAGACUGCUGUACAUUUUAAACAGUUUACAGUGAGUAAAAUGAGAAAUUCCAUUUUAUGCAAUGUCUGAUAUGCUAGACCAACCCUGGUCCUGGAAAGCUACUGUGGUUGCUGGUUUUCAUUUCAACCAAUCUGUUACUUAAUUGAACUAAUUAUUGCCUUAAUUAGACAAGAUUAAAAUGUGUUCCAUAUCUUUAGCCACUGAUGAUGCAAAAAAAGACACCUAUAAAUCCUGCUGGAUAGGGACUCUCCAGGACCAGGGUUGGAGACCCCUACGCUAAACUAAGGAUGAGGAAGUCAGUCAUAUUUUGACCUGCACCCAAACCAGCUGAAGUUAUAUUAAUAAACAACUAUCAGUUUUAUGAUCAUUAUCCUUUUAAUUACUAUUGUUGUAUAAACUACUUACACAAAUACUGCAUUUAGCUAUAAGUCAUUCAUUUACAUCAGUAAACUAUAUUUUAAAAAUACACAGGCUUAUCCUUUGAUGCAUAAUGAAGAUAACUAAUCCCAAAAUGCGGUUAAACAUUUAAUCUUUAAUUCAUGUUCAUGAAAGUACACUAUUUUCCUUGCCCUGCCACUCAAAAGCUGACCACAUCCAACCCGAAGUUUACUGAAACUUAUCUAACCCAAACCUGUCUGACCCGUGCAUCACUACACUAGACCUAUAUUAGCUGUGUGAAUUGUAUGCAGCAAUCAUGUGAAAGCAGAAGAAUCCCUUCACAAGGGACAUGACUAAGUGCACUGACCAACAUGUCCAUCCUAGAAUGGAAAUGUUUGCAGAAAACCACUACCAAAAAACAACUAAGUGACUCAUGACAGAUCAAGCCUGCAGAUGUGUGCAGCAUAUUGUAACAUGCAACUCACAUGCUACAUUGACCAAAUCAUAACUCUUCAAACACUGUAUAUUUCUCGUUAAGUGAACCCAAUAUGAAAAGUAUUUAACAAGCAAAUACAUUAACAAAGUUAUUUAUUAAAUAACUACUGAAGUAUCCAGUAACAUGAAAAGAAAGACAAGGGACACCAACAUUGCUGGGAGCAGAGCAGGGGAUUACUUAGGGGUCACUUCUUCUAACUUGGGCUC